GGUCUUGAAUCAAUGAUAGGUAUGACUAAAAUGCCAACCAAAACUGCUUGCAUACCUGUUUUGGAAGGCACCCAUACACCAAUAUGCAGUUGGAAUUAAAAUCAUAUCUGCUCCUAUGCCUAAAAUAUUGUCAAAUGAAAAUUUGGAAAAAAUUUAACUGCAAUUGUUAGUAUUUCUUGUUCAACAGAGUAUUCUAAAGUUAUCGUUUUGUAUAUUAGUGUAAAAGAAAAACAGAUAGUAUUUUUCUCGAUGAUAAUAUUUCUGGUGUAAGCUAUUUGAUUGCACAUCAUGUCUUCUAUAAGUCAUCCGCAACAUAAGUGUAAUCACGAAGAGAACAGAUUUAAAGUGUGCGCGCCUUGUGGGAGAAAGAUUAAAUUCGGAUCGUCAAAACCUUCAGAAUUUAAUAUAACCGGAAAAUUGGCAUUUGUGGUACAUGUCGUAGGGUUCUCUGUGACCGAGAUAUGGAUAUACCAAAUGCAACGCGGCCUCUUCCAAACAUGCCUAACUAUGAAGAUUCAACAAAAGAAACAAGAACAAGUUCAUGCUCUUGUUAUAUCUGGCUCACUGCUCGGGCAACCAGCCAUCCAAAAGUUGUACAAGGGAGAGCACAUACCUUAAAUGUAUUGAGUGAAAAAAACUCGCUAAAGCCUUCCGAAGCACAGAAAUGUCGGAAACAUUAAAAAUUCACGUGCUUCUAAAUCAUUUGGAACAUAGUCUGCAUUUUUUAGGCAACGACGGCUUCGGAAUGUGGUCGGAGCAAGCUGGAGAAUCCAUUCAUGGCGUAUUUUUAAGAUUUUGGCUCAAUUAUAAAGUUAAUUCGAUUGACGACCCUAAAUAUAUAAUCAAUUAAAAAAAAAAACUGUCGUUGAAUUUUCAUCAAACCACAUAUGAAUUUAU